AUGUCAACUUCUUCCUCAACAACAACAUCACUGUCACCAUUUACAAUACAAGUGAUAAAGGUUACUCGAAGAUCGUCAAAUAAUCAACAACAACAACGAGAAGAAGCUGGUUUAGUAGUAAAUAUUAAUUUAGAUGCUUUAAAUGUUGCUAAAAAAAGUCUAAAUCCUUUAAUUGAUAGUACCAAAAAUAAUGGAAUGACCUUAGCGAUAAUGAACGUUUCUAGAACCAUCUGA